AUGGGUAAGACUCCCACCUUGGCUGCCCUUGCUAAGCGUGGAGUGGUUAUUGACGACACGACCUACAUUCUUUGUAACUCGGGUGAAGAAAAUGAUGAUCAUCUUUUCACUAGAUGUAUAGUUGCUGCCCAAGUUUGGUUUAUGGUUUCUAGAUGGUGCAAGAUUGCUCCUGUUAUCGCGACAACGAUCAAGGAAGUUCUGGAAGUGCACAAUCAGGUUGACCUUGCGUGUAAAGCCAGAGGCGUAUUCUGCAGGAUUGUGAGAGUGGCUUGCUGGUGCAUAUGGCGGGCGCACAACAGUCUCGGGUUUGAUAAUAAACAGGUGAAGGUGGCCGAGAUUAUCAGUGAUAUCAAAUCGCUUGGUUUCCUUUGGAUUUGUAAUAGGAGUAAAGAUAGAAACUUAUAUUGGGAAGAUUGGUGUAGGUUUGUGAAUAUGUAG